UCCUGCCCACGACUGGUCACAACUCUAGGGCCACAAAAUAUGGACUACGAGCCCAAGAAAGCCAAAAAGGGCUUCGUGUCACCCAUUAAACGGCUGGUUUUCCCUAAGGCCGGACGCAGGCAGGCGGACAGGGGCAACGUUUAUCGCCGUCCGCUCCAUACCGUCCCCCUUUACCCUCCAGACUUUCUCAUCCACCCUGAGAGACUCAUCUAUGAUUAUGUGGAGAAAGAAGUCAAGUUUCUGGGUCACCUGACUUGGGUGUCAUGCUCCUUGAACCCAUCGAGCAGAGACGAACUGCUGCAGCUUCUAGACACAGCCAGGAAAUUAAAAGUCCUUCCGCUGAGGACAAGCCCGGAGCAGGACUGCAUCCUCAGCUUGUCUGCUCGCUGUCUGCUGCUGACCUGGAGGGACAAUGAGAAAUUGCUGCUCAGAAUUCCAACACAUGAGAUUGCUGCUGCCUCCUACCUGCGAGAUGAUGCACUGCACCUACUGGUGCUCAAGACAGGUCUGAAUGUUGACACGGUCCUUGCUGGGGGCAGUUUAGAGAAGAGACCCACUGGCCUCGAGGGUCGCAGGCAGACAAUGAGCAAUACGGAUCCUCGUCCAGCAGGGGGCACAAUGGAACGUCGCCACACCAUCUGUGGCUUGGACUGGAAACCGUCCUCACGGCAUGAGUCCAAACAAAGCAGCAGUGGAGGGGGGGCUCAAGGUGGCACAGGUGGGGGUGGGGGUGGGGGUGGAUGUGGUGGAGGGUCAGGUGGAGGGGGCAGUUUAGAAAGGAAACAGGUGGGGGGCAGCUGGGAGCGGAGGCAGACCCGUAAAGCGUGCGGAGGCAGCUGGGAAAAGCGGCCCAUGAGCGGAAGCUGGGACCGGCGACCGGUAGGGGGGAGUUGGGAGCGUCGUGGGGGAGGUGGAGGUGUGGUGGUGGGUAGCUGGGAGAAGAGGCAUGGGCCAGGGAGUAAACCUGGAGGGAGCUGGGAAAGGAAACACAGUCAAGGGGGAAGCUGGGAGCGUCGGCAGGCCUGCACGGGGAGUUGGGAGCGGGGCAAGUCCUACGGUAGCUGGGAAAGGCGGAACCACAACCCCCUGGAGCCCACGCCCUGUCCGGACGCCUACUGUAACCUGGUUAUACUGGCUGUGGAAAACAGGGAUGCGGCAGAAGAAUACUGUGCUCUCAUCUGUCAGAUGUUCCAGAUUAUCUAUGGACACCAGACUAUUGAGUGUGUGGAUAGGGCCGGAUACCACUACACAAUACCUGAUCACUACUGGUUCCAGAGGAGUGACAGCUGCCUGACAGAUAUGACAUAUGGUUAUGACACUGACUUUAGCUGCUGCAGUUCCUACGAUGGCUCUCAGGAUGCCUUUGAUCCAUACUACAGUGAAAACUACAGUGAGAGCUCAUCGCUGUCUCUGCACGAUUCCCACCGGAGCUUGGCCUCUCUGCACAGCGACAGUGAGCCCAGCAACGCCAGUCUGCAGCUGAUGCAGGAAUACAUGAUUACAUUGAGGAGUAAGCUGGCCCCUCUGGAGAUCCAACAGUUCGCCCUGUUACUGCGAGAGUAUCGAGUGGGAGCCCUGAUCGAGGAGUUCUGCGCAGACCUUCUUCAGCUGUAUGGAGAUACCCGCAAAUUCCUGCUCCUAGGUAUGAGACCCUUUAUUCCCGAUAAGGACGUGGGCACCUUCGAGAGCUUUCUGGAAGGUAUCGGAAUCCGAGAAGGUGGGAUCCUGACAGACAGUUUUGGGCGAAUUAAAAGGAGCAUGAGCAGUACCUCUGCGACGGCAGUUCGUGGGUACGACAGCUGGUCCCUCCCCUCUGACUCACACGAUUUCAACCGUCGAAUCAGUGACAUCACACACGACAUUGAGGCACUUGGGUUUGAAGAGGGAGACAUUGAGGAGGAAGAUUACUACUUGUGAGACAAAAGAACCACGCACACACAAAAAAAAUAAUAACAUAGCAUCAGCAAAACCAGCAACUGAUCUAGCAAUAAAAAGUCUAUUUAAAAAGAAAAAGAAGAUAAAAAGGCCAAUGAGCAGCUGUGGUCUCAUGAUAUUUCUGUAUAUGAUUAGAGAUGUGUUAAGAUCUUCUGUCAUAUAUCAGUGUGGCCUUUUAAAAGAGGGACCAUACCAAACAUUGACACAUUGAGACAAGCCCUUUUUUACAACCAUAACACAGUAUUGUUUAUGAUAAGUAGACUCUUUGCCUCUAAUUUGCAUCAGGGGAUUUACAUGUAAUUUGCACGCAGGUCCACAUAGACAUGAAUGAAUACCAAAUGAAAGAUACACGAGGGGGCUAUAAAGAAGACGAAACAGAAGAGAAAAAUACUAGAGAUGACAAAUGGACAAGUGCAUAUGGAAAAAGCAGGAAAGUGUAGCUACAGAACUUCUAAAAAUACACAAAGAAAGAGAGAGAGAGAGAGAGAGAGAGAG